AUGCAUGCGUUAUCGCUCGCUCUUGAUGGUUUCGCCAUGCUUUCGCUUGUUUCAACUCAGCUUUCCGACAGCUAUUGUAGGCCCUUUACCGUGACUCUUUUCCCACGGAUUGUGCUAAAAAAGCAGAUAGAGAUAACAUGCAAGGGCCAACAGCUUCUACCUUUCUUGACGUUGCAGCAUGUCAGAGAUAACAUAUGGAGUCCAAGGGAAGUGGUGACUUUGAUUCCAGACUCCUCAACCACUGAUCAUGUCAUGGUGCUACAUUAUGGUAGGAGUGCUUAAUUAUUAUUAAGUACUGAGUUUUCUAUUUAUUUAAUUAUCUCCCACUUGUUGUGUCAUUGUUAAUUAUGGAAGCCAUACUUUUUUUGCUUCCUUAUA